UUUUGGGGGAAAAAACGACAGCCUACAUCAUAAUUCAGUCAUAAAUUAAAAUGAUUAAAUUCAAUAUUUUAUUCAGGAUUUUGCUGCAAUUAUAUUAUUGUCUUUUCAAGCAUUUGUUCUGCUUGCAUGUCAUCUGACAAUAGUUUGCGGGUCUGUCAUGCGGCUGAUUGGGACUACGCAGAUGCAAAACUUCAAUACGUGGAUGAUGAGAUUGAUUACAAGGAUCCCUGCAAAGCUGCUGCCUUUUUGGGAGACAUUGCCUUGGAUGAAGAAGAGCUCCUCAUGUUUAAAGACGCCUAUAAAAGAGAAAGUGCUGCAUCAGUUAAGCGGAGCUACCGUCAGCAUAACAACAGAAGAAGGAGGAGGAGGGCAGCCACCUCCAGAUCCGAGCGGAUUUGGCCCGACGGCAUCAUACCGUAUGUGAUCAGCGGUAAUUUCACUGGUAGUCAGCGGGCCAUUUUCCGUCAAGCCAUGCGUCACUGGGAGAAGCACACUUGUGUGACCUUCACGGAGAUGACAACAGAAGAGAGCUACAUUGUGUUCACAUACAGACCUUGCGGGUGUUGCUCUUAUGUGGGACGGAGAGGCGGCGGUCCUCAGGCCAUCUCCAUCGGGAAAAACUGCGAUAAGUUUGGCAUCGUGGUGCAUGAACUCGGUCAUGUGAUUGGUUUCUGGCACGAACACACGAGACCAGAUCGGGACGAGCACGUGAGCAUCAACAGAGACAACAUUCAGCAAGGACAGGAGUACAACUUCCUGAAAAUGGAACCGGGCGAGGUUGACUCACUUGGUGAGGUUUACGACUUUGGCAGUGUCAUGCAUUACGCCAAGAAUACGUUCUCCAGAAGUAUGUUCUUGGACACAAUCCUGCCCCGUUAUGAUGUUAACGGAGUGCAGCCCACUAUUGGACAGAGAGUCAAGCUUAGCAAAGGGGACAUUGCACAAGCACGAAAACUCUACAAAUGCCCAAGAUGUGGGGAGACUUUCCAAGAGAGUGCUGGAAACUUUUCUUCCCCUGAUUUCCCUAAUGGCUACUCUGCAUAUGUUCAUUGUGUGUGGAGGAUUUCUGUCACUCCGGGCGAGAAGAUUGUUCUGAAUUUUACUUCCAUGGAUAUUUUCAAGAGUCACUCGUGCUGGUAUGACUAUGUGGAGGUUCGAGACGGCUUCUGGGAAAAAGCUCCUCUGAAAGGCCGUUUCUGUGGAGACGCAGUUCCAGAUGUCAUCGUCUCAAGUGACAGUCGACUUUGGGUUGAAUUUAGGAGCAGUAGUAGCUUGGUGGGAAAAGGCUUCUCGGCCAUCUACGAAGCCGUGUGUGGCGGGGAGGUGCAGCGGGACAGCGGCCAGAUUCAAUCCCCCAAUUAUCCCGAUGAGUACCACUCCAACAAAUUGUGUGUGUGGAAAGUCAGAGUGGCAGAAGGUUAUGAAGUGGGUCUUUCCUUCCAGUCGUUUGAGCUUGAGAGUCACGACAGCUGUGCCUACGACUAUGUGGAAGUGAGGGACGGCGACUCGGCGCACAGCCCGCUGCUCGGCCGCUUCUGCGGCUACGACAAACCGGACGACAUCAAAAGCAGCACCAACCGACUCUGGCUCAAAUUCGCCUCGGAUGUCUCGGUUAACAAAGCCGGGUUCUCUGCCGGUUUCUUUAAAGAGAUGGACGAGUGUUCCCAACCCGAUAAUGGCGGCUGUGAGCAGCACUGUCUGAACACUUUGGGGAGCUACAGAUGCGCUUGUGAUCCUGGUUAUGAACUGGCCACUGACAGGUCAAGUUGCGAGACAGCAGCCUGCGGCGCCUUCAUCACUCAAAUGAACGGCUCCAUCACCAGCCCCGGGUGGCCGAAGGAAUACCCGCCCAACAAAAACUGUGUGUGGCAGCUAGUGGCACCCAUCCAGUACCGCAUCACGCUAGUGUUUGACGCCUUUGAGGCCGAAGGCAACGAUGUGUGUAAAUACGAUUACGUGGAGGUCCGCAGCGGCGCCAGCGCAGACUCAAAGCUUCACGGGAAGUUCUGCGGGGCGGAGAAACCAGAAGCCAUCACCUCGCUGAACAACAACAUGAGGGUCGAGUUCAAGUCUGACAACACCGUCUCCAAGAAAGGAUUCAAGGCUCACUUUUUCUCCGAUAUGGAUGAAUGCUCGGAAGAAAAUGGCGGUUGCCAGCAUGAAUGUGUGAACAUCAUGGGAAGUUACAGAUGCCAGUGCCGCAGCGGCUACAUGCUACACGACAACCGGCAUGACUGCAAGGAAGCGGGUUGUGAUCUCGUGGUGAACGGCGCAUCAGGCACAAUCAGUAGCCCCAAUUGGCCUGAUAAGUAUCCCAGCAAGAAGGCCUGUACCUGGACUCUGUCCACCACUCCAGGUCAUCGGAUUAAACUUACCUUCAAUGAGAUUGACAUGGAGGCUCAUCUGGAGUGCGCUUACGACCAUUUGGAAAUUUUCGAUGGUACCGAUACCCGUGCCCCGAGACUAAGUCGCAUCUGCGGUACCAAGAAACCGUCUCCUGUCAUCUCCGGUGACAACACAAUGUUCUUACGUUUCUUCUCGGACAACUCUGUGCAGAAGAGAGGAUUUCAGGCCUCAUACACAGCAGGUGAUAGGAAAUCUUUUCUGUUUGCAAAGUUUUUUUUAACAAGGCUUUUUUUUUCACCCUCUAAUUUUGCGGUUGCUUCAGAAUGCGGAGGAAGCCUUAACGCUGAAGUCAAGACCAAAGAUUUGUACUCUCACGCACAGUUUGGAGACACCAAUUAUCCCGGAGGCUCUGACUGUUUGUGGGUCAUCUCUGCUGAGAAAGGUUACGGAGUGGAGCUUCUCUUUCAAGUUUUUGAAAUCGAGGAGGAGCCCGACUGCGGGUACGAUUAUGUCGAGCUCUACGACGGCGCUGACAUCAAAUCCCCGAGACUGGGGCAAUUUUGUGGAUCCGGGGCUCCAGAGGAAAUCUACUCGGCUGGAGAUGCCUUGGUGAUAAAAUUUCACUCAGAUGACAGCAUCGGUAAAAAAGGUUUUCACCUGCACUACACCAGCACAAAAUUCCAGGACACUCUACAUGUGAGCAAGUGACCCUCAAAAACCUCGAAUCCCAGACUUAAAGGCAACCAGUUUGUCUGCCACACCCAUUCCAGCGUGGAAUCUUACCACUAAGCCACCAAUGUACCACACACGCAUCUGUUAGAGUCAAGCCAAGCAGACAAAUUACAUAUUUACUUACUUUGGAUCAACACGAAGGACUCAUUUGGGGGUUUUGCCUGGUAAGGAUUUAAAAUGCAGAUUUAUUCUAUUUUAUUCCUCUACUGUGUCACUUUGUAUGUGAGGUCACAUGAUCACUUGUGGUUAUUGCACUCGAGUUGUGUUUGGUGUUUUUGCACAUAGAAUUUGUGGGAAGUGGGACCCACAAUUGCGUUACUUGAGAUGCACUAAAAUUCAAUCUUCAUUGUGCAAAUAAAAUGCAAGCUUUUUACUUGUAUAGAGAUGCCAAUCAAAAUAUUUAGAUGCAUCUCAAUAAAUUGGUAGAAAAGUUCAUUUACGUCGUUAAAGUGAAACUAGGUUGGAUGAGGUCAAUUAAAAUAACAUUAAAUAUUUUGAUUGUUUUUUUUAAUGUCCUAAUUUUUUUAUGCUGAAUUUCAGAUUUUCCACAGCUGUGAUCAAAUGUAAUAAUAAUAAAUAUAGGUGAUAAUAAUACCAUGAAAUACUCGAUUAACAUUUUAAAUUGAACUGCACAAAUCAACUUAAAUAAAGUUUUCCACCAUAUUCUAAUUUAUUGAGAUGCACAAGCUUUAAAAACACUUUGUUUACUUUAUUCCAGGUUCUAAUUUUGUCUAAACCUUCAAAUCUGAACACUGUAUGAUGUAGCUACUGAUGGGAAAUGUGAGAGUUGAUGUCCUUAAUAUAAUAAUAAAUUAGCCAAAAUGUCAAACUGUCUUUGUUAACAUAUAGAUUUUUUAUAUAUGCUCUGAGUGCUGAAACAUACUAUAUAGCUCCAUCAAUAAAAUAAUGAACUUACAUUGGGAGAUUAAAAUCUUUAUUAGAUGUAUUACAAAUACACAAGUGUCCGUAGAUCCCGUCUACAGUCUUUAAAAAUCAUCCUAAAUCUACUUGAGUGUCACAUUCUGUACAAAAGAAACAAAAAAUUCACAGUCAUUUUAAAUCUUUGGCAAGAAAACUUUAAGAGGCUCAUUCUCAUGCACUUUAUCCAAAAAUCCCAAGUUGAAGUAAGGAAAGAGUGUCUCACUGAACAUCUCCCUGAAGGUAUACAAAUGCGUCAUGGUUUCUGCAUUGUAAAAGGACACCAGACCUCUUUUGUAGUCCAGGUACACCCCGAUCCUUGCCAACGGCUCCUCCAGGGACAAAACAGUCGGCGGGGUCGUACCCGCCAUGUACUGUAUACCAUAAGAGAGU